AAUUAUAGAAAAAUCAUAUGCACUGUUCAUAGUAUAGUUACAUAAGAUUUGUAUGUUAUCUCUUAUAAAGCAGUGUUAUUAAAAUUCUAUAUAUAGUGGUGGGGAUAGGAAAUUAAAUAAUGUUUCACGUGCUCAUAGUGUGGUUUUUAUUUAGAUGUGUAUGAAGUGGAUGGAAUAUGUGAAACGUUUAGAUGAUACAUCACAUUCUCGAGUAUACGUGCUUCCUGAUAAAUAGUUAUAAUUGCUAAAUAACGUACCCGCUCUAUAUGAUUUCGAAACGGAACACGAGUACGAGUGUCUCAAACGCGUGUGGCUAUUUAUAAUUUUAGGUUAACUUUUAUGGUACCCAGUAAAUAAUAUAAUAUGAGUGCAGCCGUUGCAAUUUUGUGCGUCUUCCUCGGCUGUUGCAGCAAUGUCGUUCUCCUAGAAUAUCUCGUUAAAGAAGAUCCUGGUAGCGGGAACCUCAUUACGUUCGCACAGUUUCUUUUCAUAUCGAUAGAAGGAUUUUUAUUUACAUCGAAAUGUGGCACCGUGAAGCCCAAUAUCGGAAUAAAGGAUUAUUUCGUAUUGGUAACGAUGUUUUUCAUUACAAACGUUUGUAAUAAUUAUGCGUUUGAUUUUAAUAUACCUAUGCCGUUACAUAUGAUAUUCAGGGCUGGUUCUCUGAUAGCUAACAUGAUAAUGGGUAUCCUUAUCUUGAAGAAAAAGUAUGCAUUUAGUAAAUUUUUAUCGGUGUUUAUGAUUACGUUUGGAAUUGUAAUCUGCACGAUCAUUAGCGGCAAAGAAAUCAAAUCUUUGCAAGCUAAAAAUGUUGAACAAGUGGCUACUACACCGUGGGACGAUCUGUUUUGGUGGAUAAUGGGUAUUUCGUUAUUAACGAUCGCUCUAUUUGUUUCUGCCAGAAUGGGUAUUUAUCAAGAAGUUUUGCACAAGAAGUACGGAAAGAAUGCAAGAGAGGCACUAUACUAUACGCAUCUAUUGCCAUUGCCAUUUUUUAUAACGUUAGCUCCUAAUAUAUGGGACCAUUUUACAUACGCACUUGCAUCAGAACCGUUGCAAAUAUCGUAUAUCAAUUUACAAGUGCCGAAAUUAAUUUUGUACCUUAUGGGAAACGUUCUCACGCAAUACAUGUGCAUUAGUUCUGUUUUCGUGUUGACGACAGAAUGCACAUCGCUCACAGUAACUUUAGUAAUAACGUUACGAAAAUUCCUGUCUUUACUAUUUUCGAUAGUGUACUUCCAGAACCCUUUUACAGUGUACCACUGGAUUGGAACGCUUCUAGUAUUUGUGGGAACAGUAAUAUUUACCGAAAUAUUACCAAAGAUUGCAGAAAGUCUUCAGCCCAAGGAAAAGACGAAGAAAGUACAAUAGAAAUGGGACACGUAGAUGACACUUUAUGCAAUUUCUAUGUUUGCUUUGUCUGCAUAUAGGGAACGUGCAAGAUACAAGUUAGCAGUCGAUCGACGAACACGUUUCGUUUAUAAUAAUUAUGUGAUGAUUACACAGUAUGGGCAGAAAAUAGAAAGUAGAACAAAAUGUUGUAUACAAAAACGACCGCCGAUUUCAUUUAUCCCGUGAAUCUGAGCAUCCUUUUCCUGUCA